CCCUCCCUCUCUCCAUCCCCAAUUUUAUCAGCUGAUCUUCCAUUGUCCUCUCUCUCUCUCUCUCAAACAUACACGAUCAGGUGGUGGCGGGCAGCAGGAGACAAGUAACAACAUGAAGGGUGGCGAUGUUGAGGUGGGAGUGGCGCCACCACUGUACCCGGGGAUGAUGGAGAACCCGGAGCUUCGAUGGGCAUUCAUUCGAAAGAUCUAUUCCAUCCUCACCGUGCAGAUCCUCCUCACCGUCGCGGUCUGUGCCGUCGUUGUGGCCGUUCAUCCGAUAGCGGACUACUUAGUCACGACGACCCCCGGACUUGCCAUUUACAUUGUCAGCCUUGUUCUUCCUUUCAUUAUUCUGCUCCCCAUGUACUUCUGUCGGCAAAAGCACCCGUUCAAUUUUCUUCUACUCGGUUUCUUCACUGUUUCCAUGAGCUUCCUUGUGGGUUUGACCUGUGCCUUCACCAGCGGCAGGGUCAUCUUAGAAGCAGCAAGCGUGACGGCAGCGCUGGUCGUGAGCUUGACUCUCUACACAUUCUGGGCAGCAAGACGCGGCCACGAUUUCAAAUUUCUUGGGCCUUUCCUCUUCUGCUCAUUGGUUGCUCUCAUUUGCUUUGGCAUCAUCCGGAUCUUGUUUCCGUUCGGCAAAAUCACCAACAUGAUCUACGGCAUUCUCGGGACGAUCAUCUUCAGCGGAUACAUAAUCUACGACACGGAUAAUCUGAUUAAGAGAUACAGCUACGACGAUUACAUCUGGGCUUCAGUCAGUCUUUAUUUGGACGUCAUCAACCUGUUUCUCAGUCUGCUUAGCUUGUUUAAGGCAUAAGCCCUGAUUUUCUAGUUCUUAUUUUAAUCAGAAGCGCUACUGCCAUUCUUUUUUCUUCAUGGUGUCCUAAGGAGUUGGCCAUGCGCGAUGUUGUUUACAUUUUUAUUCUUAUCAUAUGAAGCGCUGUACAUGUAUGAAUGCGCGUGUGUGACUCAUUCAUUAUUAUUUAAUUUGCAUUCAUUUUCUUCACCUACCUAAACGAGGAUGAAGAUAAUGUGUACAAUUUCAAAUAAAAAGUAUUUGUAAUGAGUUGUGUGUGAAUUAUG